AUGAAAAAUAACGAAUUUGAAAAUAUUGAUAACGAAAUAAAAGUGAAAGGAAAUUUAUCUGAAGAAUCAAGUGAUACAAUCUAUAAAAAUCGAUUUCGUUUUAAAAAAAAUUCGAUUCAAAUAAAAAAAAAUAGUCUAUUAAAAACUAAAAUUAAAAAUAGUAAUUUAGAAGGAACUAUAAUAAAUGAUCCAAGAUUAAGUAACCUUGUCCAAUUUAAUAAUAAGGAUGAUAAUACUUCAUGUAUCGAAAAUAAUAUAAUAACAAAAGAUAUACAAAAUGAAGAAUUAGAAAAGUAUUCUAUGAAAAAAAAUUCAAAAAAUAAAAAACCUACUGUAGUAUUUACCAAACUAACAACUAUACAAAAAAAAAAAUAUAUAAAAAAUACCGAUGAAAAUAUUACAAAUGAAAUAAAGAACGACAAAAAAAAAGAAAAAAAUGUGUUAAUAAAAAAUAAACAUUCUAACGAAUUAAAUACAUCGUUAAAUGAUAAAAGUAGUUAUACAAACAUUAAAAGUCCUCUUGACAAUAUUUCCAAUUUUAACAAAUCAAAAACUAAUAACCAAAAGGUUCAUAAAAAAAAUGAAAUUCAUAAAAACUUUCUAAGAAAUAAGCAUAAUUUAGUAAAUAACAAUAUAAAUCAAAUUGAUAAUCAAAAUAAUUCAAUUGAAAUAAUAAAUUAUAAUACAACAACGGACAAAACUGAUGAGUCCCCUUUAAGCCUCCUUAAGAAACAUGGGAAAUUGAUAAAAUAUAUUAAUGAAAUACACAUGAGCAAUUCAGAAGAAAUCAUAAAUCUUCGAAACGAAUUUUCAACUAUAAAGAGCGAUCUUAAUAAAAUAAUGAACAUAAUAAGUAUUGGUCAAAAGGCUGUUUCAUCUUUAAAAUGA